AUGAAGAAGAUAUAUUUGUUUUUUCUCAUUUUAUUAAUAAAUAUAAACAUAAAUAUAAAUUAUUGUUUAUCCAAAAAAAAUAUAAAAAGAAAAGCACAAUUAAGAAAUUAUUUAGGCAACAAAAAUACAAUUGAUAUAAAAGAUAAAUAUUAUAAUGAUAAUACAGAAUAUGUACAAGAUCUUUUAAAAAAAGAUAAAAAUCAAAUAAAUGAAUAUAAUAAUCCCACAAAAUCCAUUAAUCAUAAUAUUAAAAAUAAAAAAAGAAAUAAUAAAAGUACAUACUCAUUUAUGUCUUUAAAUUUUUUUCCAUUUAUUGCACACACAUCAGGGUACCCCAAUGGAAGUUCAAUACCCCCAAAUGAAACAGGUGCCCAUUUUUAUAAUUUUGAAAAAAGUCCAACAAUACAAUAUAUGUUAAUUGAUGAAGAACGAAAAAAUUCUUUUCUGUACAUAAUUUUUCUCGUUACAUCAUUUACUGUAGUUGUGCUUGUAGCUUUUUUUAUAUUUAAAUUUUUUUUUAAAUUAUAA